AUGCUCCCUCUCCGGGCAAUCCGCCCGACAAUUCCACGGCACUGCCUCGCCCCAUCAUCACUCCGGACUUACGCCGCUCAAACCCCCGGCAACCCGAUGCUAGAGAUCUUCAAUCGCCGGACAAAACAUCUACAGAAAGACCGCGCGGCGCAUAAUGUCGAGGAGAGCCGGAAAGUCGACUACCUCAAAGACGAGGUGGCGAUGCGGUUAUGCGAGCGGUUACUGGAUAUCAAGCGCAAAUUCCCCCAUGUCCUCGAUCUAGGCGCGAACAGCUGCAACAUCGCACGCGCGCUGACGCAACCGAACAUCGACUACACCACGCCGGAGGGCACACCGGCGCCGCCGCUGGCCGAGCGCAUCUCCAAACUGACCUGCGUCGAGACAUCGCGGGCACUACUGCACCGGGAUGACGAUCUGCCCUUCAACAAGGAGAUUGAUAUUACGCGAGAAGUGAUCCCAGACCUGGAGACACUGUCCUACGAACCGAACUCAUUCGACGCCGUCCUAUCCUCGCUCUCGAUACACUGGAUCAACGACCUGCCCGCGCUACUGGAGCAAGUGAACACUAUCCUUAAACCAGACGCUCCCUUCAUCGCAGCCAUGUUCGGCGGUGAUACGCUUUUUGAACUGCGUGGAUCAAUGCAGCUGGCGGAUAUGGAGCGGCGCGGCGGCGUGAGUCCGCACGUCUCACCGCUGGCGGAUGUCCGAGACGUAGGCAGUCUGUUGACACGCGCCGGGUUCAAGAUGCAGACGGUGGAUGUCGAAGAUAUUGUUGUUGAAUUCCCGGAUACCUUUGCUCUCAUGCAGGACCUGCAGGCUAUGGGCGAGAGCAAUGCCAUCAUGCAUCGUGAGGCUGGGCCGCUAUCGCGCGAUGUCUUGUUAGCGAAUGACGCUAUCUACCGUGCUCUCCAUAUGGAGGAGGAUGCGCAGGGGAUCCCUGCAACGUUCCGAUUAAUCUAUAUGAUCGGGUGGAAGGAAGGGGAGGGCCAAGCGCAGCCAUUGCCGCGUGGGAGCGGCGACGUCAACUUGAAAGAUAUACUGGGCGGCGGCGAUUUCGAGAAGCCAUGA